AAUGAUAUUUAUAGCGCAGCUAUCGCAUAUUGUGUGCUAAUUGUAACGAAACAUAAACAGUAAAUUUGGCAAAAAAAGAAAAAAAAACGAAUAAUAAAGGUCUGAAAAAAUGGGUAAAAAUAAAUUGUACUUGUGGCUAAAAUUAUUUUCCAAGCAGAUGAGAGAUUCUUUAUCAUCUUAAGUUAUAUUCUCCCACCAAGCUCAUCGUGUGUAGUAUAUCGAGUUGAAAACCCAAGAACGUAAUACAUUGUGUAGUAGUCAGUCAUGAAUGAAACCCGCGAAGUGUUUGCUUAUUUCGGUCGGCUCAAACAUGCCGGGAAAUUGUGGUACAUAGUUAAUCCUUACGAUGCUAUAUUUCAGUUUGUCGAAGAUGUUCCCGAUUAUCAUGAACAGAUUUGGUUAUCAUUCUUCGUUCUUAUCGCAAUGGAGAGUAUUAUUUUGUAUGCGAAAAAGAAGAAAAAGUUUCGUCUCGAUGACCAUGUGACAUCUUUGUCGCAUUGGAUUCUUCAAGAAACUGGACGAGUUUUGUUUCGAGGGAUCGAAUAUUACAGCUACAUCUUGAUUUAUGAGAAGCAUCGAGUAUGGAGUUUGGCUUGGAAUUCCCCAUGGACAUGGUACAUAACAGCAAUAGCGGUCGACUUCUGCUAUUACUGGGUGCAUCGGGCAAAUCAUGAGGUACACAUUUUGUGGGCUCAACAUCAAGUGCAUCAUAGCAGUGAGGAAUUUAAUCUUGCGGUCGGUCUCAGGCAGUCUGUAUUGCAACAGUGGUGCAGCUUUAUGUUUUAUUUGCCUCUCGCUUUCUUCAUACCUCCCUCUCAUUUUAUAACACAUCAUCAAUUGAAUUUGAUCUAUCAACUUUGGAUUCAUACGACUGUCAUUAAAGAUUUAGGUCCAUUUGAAUUUAUUUUCAAUACACCUAAGCAUCAUCGAGUUCAUCACGGUUGCAAUUUGUACUGCCUCGAUAAGAACUAUGGAGGAAUGCUGAUAAUUUGGGAUCGACUAUUUGGCACAUUUAUGGAGCAACUACCGAAACCGGAGAUUAUUUAUGGACUGGUGGUCAGUCCACAAUCUUUCAAUGCCAUUUACUUGCAGACAUUCUACACGAAAAUGAUGUUAAUUAGAAGUUUAAAAAUGAAAUCACUUCGAGAUAAACUUGCAGUUGUGUGGAAAGGGCCAAGUUGGCUGCCAGGACUUCCGAGACUUGGUCUCGAUAAAUUUAAAGUUAAUGUCAAAUCUAGAAUAAAUUAUAAUACCUGCAUACCAAAGUGGCAACAAUUGUAUAUAAUAAUACAUUUCACAAUCGUUUUAAGUUUUCAUAUACAAAUUUAUGAUGGACUAUUAAAUAAUGAUAUAUUGCAAACAACAAAAUUGGUCAUAAAUAAUUUCUGGACUAUUGCAUCGAUUGGUUUAUUAUUUGACAAGAAUAAAUAUGGCCCUAUCGUGGAACUAACUCGUUGCAUUGUUUACUUAAUUUAUUUCAGAAAUAUUUCAAUUUUUUUUUCAAAUACAUUUUUUUAUUAUACAUUUUUCGCAUCUUGUUGUAUUUGGAUUUUUUAUGUUAUUCGAAACUAUAAAAUUAUGUUCAAAAAUGAAUGAUUUGGAAAAUAUAUUAUGUUCUCUAAAGAA